AUGGAAAAGUUACUUUUUCGGGUGAAACUUCAGGUAUUAAACUGUGUAACAGAUCUCGGCACAGUGGUACCAUUGGGAACAAACAGCUUUGUCGAAGAUGGUACUGAAUAUUCCUGUAUGAACAACCAAGACGAUAAUGACGAUUUUGGUUCAGGUGUUGAGGAUAGAACAGAUGAAUGUAAUAAUGGAGAAUACGUACUGAAUAACUUUGUCUUUUCAUGUCCUAAGAAACGGAUUAUUGGAUGCGUUGAUAAAAAUGGCAAUGUCGUUUACAAAGGAUACUUUGUUCUUAGCAAUGACCAGCUGAAUUAUUGUCGUAUUGUCAACAGAGGAAUGAACGCUGAAAUCUUAUAUAAAGGUAGGAUUUUAGGUUGCUAUGUUGGUGGUGCUCAUGACAACAUCAAUAAUCAGUCAUUUCACAAGCCCAAAGAUGCUGAGUGGAUUAUAGGAAACGCAGAUGUUCGCUGCACUGCACAUGGAAUACAAACGCUAAGGUUUUUUUCCUUUGUUUUAUUAUUUCAUCGGUUUUGA